UUGCUCAGUCGGUGAAUCCCAACGGCCCAAUCAGCGCGCGUGGCGGUGGAGAGAACUCUCGCGGCGGCGGCGACGAUGGCAGUUGCGGACGCGCCUCGGUCCCCGCCGAUUCCUCUCCGCGGGAGCCGCGUCCCGGGGCUCGGCGAGCAGAGCGCGGCUCGGGGAGACGGCGUCAAGGGCGCGGCUCCCCGCGAUGGAGCGAGGAGCGCGGCUCGGAGGGGAGGCGCCGGGGCGGAGAGGCUUCGACGGACGUUUAUCGAGUGUGACUUGGAUGGGGACGGAUACCUGAGCCGUGAGGACUUCAAGGUGGCGGUGCUCUCACUCUGUGGGUACAAGCCGUCCAAGACUGAAACGGAUCACCUGAUGGCGUCUGUUAAGGAAAAAAAUCUACCCGGGAUGCCUUUUGAUGAGUUCCGGAGAGCCGUCUCCACGAGGCUCGCGUCCGUGGACUUCGAUGAUGAAACUCGACGAAUCUUCACGGCGUUCGACACUUGCUGCCGUGGAUUUUUGACGGUGGAGGACUUCAGGAAGGCCUUCUCUCUCGUCGCCCCACACCUCUCGGGGCAAACCAUCCUUGAGACGUUCCGAGAGACCGACCGGGACCUAGACGGGCGCGUGAGCUACAGGGACUUUGAGACCGCGAUGGCUGCUCGUCGUGGCUGCAGGUGACGGCCGGCGCACCGUUCUUGUAAGUCUCCGAGGGCCGGCCUUUGCUACCCGCCCGAAACUCGACGGCCACAAAGGCUCACCGGAGAUUGUUGCUGUGAAUGCCAGCCUCAGCUUCGUCCGUGAUAUCGCUGUGAUGUUUCCCAUGGUCCGCCUUUCCACGGAUCCAGUCUGCCUUUUCCACUCGGUCACCACGCAAGAUGGGCAGACGGGCUUCUAUUGCAGAGUGCUAAAUGUUUCUGCCGACAACCAGGGCUGAUGCGGUGGUCUUCCCGCUCAUUUAUUUUUUAAGGUUAGUGCCCUAGUUCAGUAAAUCUCUGAUUUCGUCAUCAUAAUCCAAACAGGAAAUCACAACCGUGGAUCUGCCUUUGUCAGGAGCUAAAAUGCUAAUGCCUUUCUUUGAUCUCGAUUCUCCUAGAGCCUUUGCCUCAGUCAAAGUCAUUUGUUUUUGGUAAGCCGUCCCUCGUUAUACGGCAACUCAAAAUGCGGAAUUUCACUACAACGUAACUUAUAACUUGGGCAGUUAAUUCGAUAUACGUUACGUUCAAUUCGCAUUUACACACAUUUUUUAUCUCGAUUUGUUUAUGGGGUCAAAUAGAGCGAUGCCUAUGUGUUAGUUGUGGGCGCAAGGCGUAUGAACAAUUUGCCUCGCAAUUAAAUGCACGGUCACGUCACCAUCAUCCUCAUGAGACGCAAACCCCUCUGGGCGUAGCGAUCUUCAUGAGACGCCGCCAGGCGAUGCUAUCCUGUGCUCGCCGCCACACUGUAUCCAGGGCCAAGGCAAUGGUGGUGAAGAUCAGCCUCGAUCGUACGUGUCCGUGUCAGCCAAUGGCCUGUGCCGGGUUCGUCUCCAAUCCCGUGGUGGGCCGUCGAUUGUCACGCGCAGGGCUCUAGUGCGAUCUGCUGAGGUGUCUGCCCGGACAACGUGUCCGUCAAACCAAAGUCGUCUGGCUCUUGACUGUCGGCACACCAGGGGGCACCCCUGUCUGAAGGCGGGCCUGGGCCUUGGUGUUGGUGAUGUGCUCGCCGAAGUGAACGUGGAGAAUCCGUCACGGGCACCGCCGGUCGCAGGUGUCCAGCUUCCAGCUGAGUGACACUGUCGUUGACUGCGUUUCUGAGCCAUACAGCAGUAUGGGAAGGAUGUGCACGUUGUAGAGGCGGAUCUUUGUUGCUGUUAUGUUGGAGCACCAGACGUAUCUUUCGAGCCGUUUCUUAUGCUCACGUGUAAUUGAGAUUCUCCUUUUAAUUUCGGCCUCGCAUCUUCCAGUAUAUUGCAAAUUAUAGCUGAGAUAAGUGAACGUUUUUAAUACUUCAACAUUAUUGGCCGCUAUUUGCUCUUCAGUCUAGUCGAGUGGCUGCUCAUCAGUGGUCUAUAUUUUUGGUUUUAUUUACAGGCCAACUGGGAGGAUUUCACUAUGCAUGAUCUCCAGUGCUAGCCGUAAACCUUCAAGCAUUUCAGGCUGGCAAGGGCACACAUUGCCUAAUCCAGGUCGGGUAAUGCAUCUCGUUGCCUUAGAUUGCUCUCAGCAGGCCUUUGUGACCGUUCCGUUGCAGGAUCCAGUCCAUUGGGGCAAGGAACAGGUUCUGGAGCAGUGGUGUGCCGCCUUGCCUUAGAGGGCACCGGAACACUCUCACCUUGUUUUGUGAGAGAUCAGCGUGAUGCUUGCGGUCGAUGUGAUCCUGCUCCGUUCCUGUCGCGUACAACGUUUGAAUCCGUUCCACCAAAAACUACUGUUAGCCGAAAUAACUGUUAAUCGAACUCGCUGAUAAGUUGAAACAAAUAAGUAAGAAUCAUUGAGAUCUGCAAGAGAGCCUGUUUUUCACUGCCAAACAGAAGACAAUGUAAACAAAGGCAGUCGAGUUCAAAACGCUCAUAAAUCGGCGUCGCUGAUUGGCUGAGGGUAUGGCUCGGUCCACUUACGAUCGCUCGAAUUGGCCGAAAUUGGUGCCCGCGAGUGCGUAACGUGAACAUACCGUUAAUCAAAAUGUUAACGUCAGUUGAAACCAUGGGGUCUUGUGUGAGGCGAAACGUUAACCGAAAAAACCGUUAACCGAUGUCACUGUUAAACCGAGGGACUACUAUACUUCUAAAAGGUUGCGUGCAAUCAGGGGCGGAGCUACAGGGGGGGCCUGGGGUGGGCCUAGCCCCCCCUGAAAUUUUGGGAAAGUCGAUAAUCGGGAUAACCGGAUAUCCGGCUGCUGCAAAAUGCUGCAGGCUGCCAC